AUGAUAAAAAUGGAAGAAUUUUCGAGGACAGAAGAAAGCUUUGAUGUCAUGAAGUAACAUGAUUGUUGUUCCUUCAUACUCUCCUUUAUUUUCAUUUUAUCAGUAAAGACACUUUCUAUCCUGUUUUGUUUUAUACUUUCUCUGGUACUUUCAAGGUCUUACUAUGGAUGUGAUUUUACAGUGUGCAUUUGGAAUGAAAGCAGAUGCACAGAACAACCCAGAUGACCCAGCCAUAACUGCUGCAAAAAGAUCAAUUAAUGGAAGUGCUUUGCAUAGAGCUAUCCUUGCUGCUCUCUCUUUAAUUCCUUUUGGAGAUAAAAUAGGUAGAGUUUUCCCAAGCCUGCUAACUCGUGACAUGAAAGACUUGAUGGACAUUGCACGACAAAUUGUUUCCAUGAAGAAUCAAACAGGAAGUUCCACACCUAGGAAGGUAUCCAUAACUCUUCAUCAGUAGGAAGUCUAAAAUGUAUGCAAUUCCACAAUAAUUUUGGUUAUUCGGCUCCGCUAUAAUAGGGGGCAAAGAAGGUGCUUAUUUCAUUAUUUCUGUUUACUUUGCUAGUUUCCACUGUUAAUUUAUCAUUUCAAGUGAACAAACCCUUAAACAUUAAAUACCAAAACUGGAGUGUGUCAUCAAUGAUGUACUCAUUUAUGGUAAUCCUAACAAUAAACUUCAAUAUGCAUCAUUAUCCUUGAGCACCAUGGUAAAAGGCCCGGGGGGCGGGGGGACUCUGCAUAUGAAAGGGAUGAGGAUGCUUGUCGGAAAUUUUGGAGUAAACCCCUAAAGGAGACCGAUCUGGGUAUGGCCCAAGCUUUUUUUGACCUCUAAAAGAGACCAUGUUAAAACACAGACGAUACAUAUAUUUUUAUAUUUUUUCACAAGCAACCCUAAAUGAGACCUUCACGGCUAAAUAUGAUGGCGUUUUGCUCGGAGUCUCCCCCCCCCUGGGGUUAAAGGGUUGUAUAGAGUAUCACAUAUUCUAAGUAUUGUAAUUUGUUCUUUCUUUGUCGAAAAUGGGAGAAUUUAUUAGACAAGGGCAGGAGCCCAUAACCCAAUGUGUGCAACUUCUGUGUACUAGUGUUGUGGCGUUUAUUUUUAGAACGAUUUUUGCACAAAGUUAGAAAUUAUAUCUUUAAGCCCCUCAGUUAGCAAAAUCUACAGACCUGAAAGGUUUCAUUUAUUUUUUCUUUUCUAUAUCUAAAACUUCAAAUGCUAUUUAAGAUAGAUUGGCACUUUCAUUUUGACUAUUAUUGCUCUAAAAUGUAUCUAUAAAGAAUAAACUGGGCUGUGAAAACAAUGUGACGGUCCUAGUAUGGGAGUUGCUGUAUCCAGGUUAUUGGCUCCUGACAGGUGUUGCUUAUUUUUAUAGAUUUUAGACAUGAGGUGCACUGUUUUUGUAUAGAGAUGGUAUGUCUAAGUCUGUUAGAGUUUUGGAGCUGGAAUCAUCCCAGUCAUGCAAAUCAUGCAUUUCAUUAUGCCUUGAAAGUCCUGGAGUCAUGAGGCAAAGUAUCGGAAUUCCAUUUUAUUGUGAAUAAAAAAAAUAUAUCAUGAAGUUGAAGACAAUUAAGGUGUAAAUAGUUGUUGCCUUUAUUGUUGUAGGACUUAUUGGAUGUCAUGUUACUGGCAGCUGCACAGGACCCAACCAUGCUGGAUUCCAAAACAAUGACUGUUGAUGAGGUUUUGGCACGGAGUGUGAUAUUUCUGAUUGCUGGCUAUGAAACAAGCAGUACUACACUGGGAUUUGUCUGUUAUAGCCUGGCCACCAAUGCUGACAUACAGGAAAAACUACAGAAGGAGAUUGACAGCGUUUGGGAUGAUGAAAGCAAGAUGCCUUCUUAUGAGACAGUAAAUGAGCUACCAUAUUUGGGCAUGGUUAUAUCUGAGACACUCAGGCUUUAUCCUGCUGGUGAGGGGGUAGUAUUUGUUUACUGUCGGGGGGGGGGAGGGGACCAUUUCAAUAUUUUGGCGUAAGGAUCGUAGGACACCUAUUGCAAGAUUAAGGAGACUCUGCUGAUUAGCCUGGAUUUACAACCUUUGCUAAGUAAAAAUGUCAGCAGGGAAAAACUUUACCUUUUUUAAUUUGCAUACUUUCUCUUUUAUGCAAAUUUUCUACUAUAUGUUUUUUUUUGUUUGUCUUUAAUUAGUUAUUUACUCUACCUUUAAAUUUCUGUUGUUGUUUAACGGUUUGUUACUUCUGAAGAUGUGUGUUUGCUGAAAUGUGUUUAUAUUUCAUUAUGUGUAUCACAGUAGUUUGCUUUUUGUUUCUUCUUAAGCUAAGAUGGCCAAAAACAAAAGUAUCUACGUUCUUGAACUCAGUUCAGGUAAAACUUAACUUUUAAAAUUGAAGCUCUUCCUCUCAUUUUUUUUUUUCUUUAAAGCUCCAUUUAGCAUUCGUACUUGCAAGGAAGACUGCAUUUUGAAAAAUCUGAAAGUACCACAGGGUAUAUCUGUGACUGUCCCAACCUACAGUAUACACAGGGACCCCAAGCUCUGGCCUAACCCUGAAAGGUUCGACCCGGAAAGGUUUUCCCCUGAAGCCAAACAGUCACGUGACACAUACGCCUAUAUGCCAUUUGGCCAUGGCCCCCGCAACUGUAUUGGAAUGAGGUUUGCUCAGAUGGGGAUGAAAUUGGUGCUGGUUCGCAUCUUAAAGAAAUACAGCUUCCUUGUUUCCAAGGAUACCAAGAUCCCGCCUGAAGUCACCCUGAGAAUUGCCUUAACUGCAAAGGAAAUCAAACUGCUGAUUAAAUUGCGUCAGUAA